AAAUACUUCGAAAAAUUACAGAUUUAAAUUAUAAACGUUUUAUUAAUUCAUACGAAAAUGCAAGUUUUACACAUUUUAUCUUUACUAUUAGUUGCUCUAGUAGCUUACACUUCAGCCCAGGGAUGUCCGGGCAGUCCAAGAAAUCCUUCCUGCGUCGGUCCUCGAAAUGAAGGUCGUCGUGGUUGGCGUUGUCAAGCUCGCAUGAUGUGGUGGUAUAAUGCUAGUAUACGACAAUGCCAGAUAAUGCCAUACUGGGGUUGUUGGGGCAACAACAAUCGUUGGUGUACCCGGGCUAUCUGUGAGCAGAGAUGUCGUCGUUAAUAUUGGAAAGUAUCUUAAAAAUGCAAAUAUUUGUUUUACUGUUUAGUUUCGUGAUUAAUAAAAUAAAAAACUAUUGUUAAAAUUUUA